AUGGGUGAAGCACCCUCAGAAGAUAUGAAAAAGAUGGCCAAGGAGUACGGGUUCAAAAGUUAUCUUUCACUCAAAGUGGCAAUUGGAAUCACAGAAAUCUCUUGGAAUACGAUCCAACGUGGUAUUGAGAUACCUGAAUGGGGAAGAACCCUUCCAAAGAUAUAUACAAAGCCUAUCUUUCUUCCAAAAAGACAUUAUGAUUUGAAAAUUAAGAGGUUCAAUGACAUGACAACUUUGUGGGAAGGGGACUAUAGAAAGUAUAAAAUGAAAGACACACUUAAAGAAUAUAGUAAUGGAAUGCUUCAAGCAUUGUUACUUGAUAAAGAUCAAGCGUUUAAGAUUGGUUAUGAAAGGUUUAUGAAUUAUUUGAUUCCUAGAAUGUUAAAGUUGCACGGGCUUUUAGGAUCACAGGAAAGACUAGUAGAAAGAAUGUGUCAAAGACUUGAUAAAGAGUUGAAGAAAUUCCGGCCAGGAGUUAAUACAUGA